GACCGGGCGGGGACAGAUCGUGCCAAGAUUUGGGUUUUUGUUCUGAGCGCUCUGGAAGCCACCGAGAGAGACCUCUGUAUACGGGACAUCGGUUGCACCCAGCCCUGUGUUGGCUCAUUAUAUCCUUCUGAGACAACGGGGAUCAGAAGUCACACAGCCAACCGUUAGAGUCGAACUGGCACCUGCCUCGGGGCAGGGUUAUAGCAGGUGAGGACCAAGGACCUGGAGGCGGAGGCAGAAGCUGGGGCGGGAAGGUCUAGGGCAGCGUUUAUCUUUCUCGAGCUAGCUAGCUCCACGCGUCAGACACUCAAGGCUCUCCACCUGUAGGAACGCACUGAACGUGCGCACAUCAACCCCCAUCCUCCCCCCAACUGUCCCCAGGCUAAAUCACUCCCACUAGGGAAAGGAUUGAUUUUGUCUAUUUUUUUGCAUCGCUGAUGGCAGGCAGGUACGCGGGUACGUAUUGGUUAAAUGGGUAAGUAGUCCUCGAAGGCGAUUACGCCCAUCUUCCAGACGGAGAAAACUGAGGCUCAGGGAAAGGCUCCCACGCUCUAAUCCCUUUAACUAACUGCUUGGCGUCCGGCACUUUCAUGAACUCCCUUGCCUUGGAGACGGCUGGCUGGAGAGCGCCGGCGACCGCCACGGCGACCAGGCGGCGCCCGGGUCCAGCCGCCAGGCCUGAAUAAGAACGCGGGGACCCUCCAGCGCUCCCUGGAAACCUGGGCUUCGGGGGCCCGACCCCGCACACCCCCAAUGCUUUCGGACCCCGCCCUCCUACCCUCUUCCGGGGGAGAAGAGGGGCCCCAGAGCCGCCCCCUCCCGGCCGGCGCUGGAAAAGCCAUCACCCUUAUUAGCAAUUCCGUUUAGUUCGCGGAACUUCUGGUCCAGAGCCCCGCCCCACGGGCCAUACCAUUCAGGCCCGGGUGGGGGGGACCGCGAGGGGACGCGUAGGGGCUUCCCCCGGGACGACUCCUGUCCGGAUGCAUCCUGGCCCCAGCGGGGGAGGGGAAGAGCCCGCGUGGGGGCUCAGGGUGACGGGCGGCAGGGUCCCUGGGCCCCCGCCGUGGGGCCCGCCUCCCCCCACCCUUCCCGCCUCCCCCCGCCUUUCUCCCGCGUUGGUUCGCGCCGUGUAACGCCAAGCAACAACCUUUGUGCGACCGUCCGGGUGUAGCGGAGUUCGCCGGUGCACGCCGCAGGUGGGUCGCCUGUCCGCGCCCCGCCCAUGCUGCGGUCCCCAGCCAUGGCCCUCGCCAUCCGAGUCGUUUAUUGUGGUGCUUGAGGCUACAAGUCCAAGUAUCUUCAGCUGAAGAAGAAGUUAGAAGAUGAGUUCCCCGGAUGUCUGGACAUCUGCGGCGAGGGGACUCCCCAGGCCACCGGCUUCUUUGAAGUGAUGGUAGGGGGGAAGUUGGUUCACUCCAAGAAGAGAGGCGAUGGUUACGUGGACACAGAGAGCAAGUUUCUGAAGCUGGUGGCCGCCAUCAAAGCCGCCUUGGCUCAGGGCUAAUGGGCCCCGAAGGCAGAGUCCAGUGACCUUGGCCCAGCCCCUCGUGGCCGACGCUUCAUGACGGGAAGGACUGAAAUGUCUGGUGGACGCCUGGUCUUUCCCUGAUGUCCCUGCGGCCGCUGCGUGGGGGCAGAGACUGACGCCUCUGGUCCUUGCCUGUGUGUGUGUGUGUGUGUGUGUGUGUGUCCAGGCAUGUAGCUCUGCACCCUGCCUGCCUUGUUCCCUCCUCUCCCCACUUGCCCCCGAAUCCCCCAGCACCCCCCCUGGUUACUCCUGCUCCUGGCUUCCUUCUUGGGGUGGCGGAGAAAGGGAUCUGGAUGAGUGAGUUGUAGAUUUCAGCAGUGUGGGUAACGGUUUACCGUUCAGUAAACAUUGGAUGAGUUUAACAAAA